AUGGCACCACCAACGCCCAUCCACACCCUCAGCACCCUCGAAUCCCAAAUCAACGUGCUCCCCAACGGGAAGCCGCGGAAACCCCCUGUGCAGCUCCGCGACUGCGCGCUCAAGGAACUCGUGCAGUACAAGUGCAAUAUCGAGGUCUCGGAGACGACGAGGCGGCCGGAUGUUAUCUGUGAGCCUGUGGUAAGGUUGUUGAGACAGUGUGCGAAUGGGAUGAGUGUUGAGACGACGGCGUGGGAGGGGUGGAGGGCGAGGCAAGAGAGGGUGGAGUGA